AUGCUCAGAGCAAAAACUCUCUCACCAACAAUCGCUACCCUUUCUCCCUACCUCCGCAGCCACCUCUGCACCUUAAACACCACCGGCGGCGCCGCGUCAUCCGCCAUCAGCACAACAAACGCAACCACUUCUCCUCCCAGUAAUAACUCAAUACCGCCAGUGAACGAAGCCCAACUCCUCAGAGUAUGCACAAUCCUCUAUCAACAACAGAACUCCCCUGAUUCCAGACUCCAUAACAACCUCCAAAACGUUCCGUUUCAACUCACUCACGAAUUCUUCCUCCAGGUUUGCGACAAAUUCCCAUAUUCAUGGAGACCCGUUUUCAAAUUUCACCAGUUUUCUCAAAAGCAACCCCACUUCAGUCAUACCUCCACCACAUUCAACAAAUUGCUCGACGUGGUUGGGAAAUCGAGAAACAUUGACCUCCUGUGGGAAUUGCUUCAAGAAAUUGGGCGUCUCGGUUUGGUGAACACUAAAACUUUUAUAAUUGCGUCAAAGGUUUUAGCUUCAGCUAGGGAACUGUGGAAAUGUGUUCAGAUUUUUCAUGUAAUGAAUGGGUUUGGGUAUGUUUACAGUGCCGAGAAUUUGAACAAGGUUGUUGAGGCUUUGUGUAGGUCUAAGCUGGCUGCGGAGGCUAAUCAUGUGGUUGUGAAAUUGAGAAAGGUGAUUAGACCAGAUGGGACUACUUACAGGUGGUUGAUUUAUGGAUAUUGUGAUGUUGGGAGUUUGUUUGAGGCCUCCAAACUGUGGAAUUUAAUGGCGGAUCAAGGGAUUGAUCCUGAUGUUGCGACUGUUGAGACAAUGUUGGAGACCCUUUUCAAGAACAACAACUUUAGUGAUGGAUUGAAGCUGUUUCAGUCAAUGAGAGUGCGGAGGAUGAACGAUUUGGGGCUUUCGACUUACCGGCUGGUGAUCAAUUGGUUAUGCAAGAGGGGCAAGCUGGGGGAAGGUUACAUGGUGUUUGAGGAAAUGCGUGAAAGAGGCAUUCAAGCCGAUAGCGACACUUUGGCAUCUAUGGUUUAUGGGUUCAUGAUCAAAGGAAGGGUGAACGAGGGUUAUAAGAUUGUUGAAGGAAUUGAAAAGCCGGAUAUCAGUGUUUAUCAUGGGUUGAUCAAGGGACUUUUGAAAUUGAAAAGGCCUAAGGAGGCUACUCAAGUGUUUAGGGAGAUGAUAAAAAGGGGAUGUGAGCCUACUAUGCAUACAUAUGUUAUGUUGCUGCAAGGACAUUUGGGCAAGCGAGGACGAAAGGGAUCCGAUCCAUUGGUCAAUUUUGAUACAAUUUUUGUUGGAGGAUUGGUAAAAGCCGGCAAGUCCUUGGAAGCUACCAAAUAUGUGGAGAGAGUCUUGAACAGAGGAGUGGAGAAAGUCUUGAACAGAGGAGUAGAAGUGCCAAGAUUUGAUUACAAUAGGUUUCUGCAUUAUUUUUCAAAUGAGGAAGGUGUGUUCAUGUUUGAGGAUAUGGCAAAGAAAUUAAAAGAAGUGGGAUUGUUUGAUUUAGCCGAUAUAUUUUCUAGGUAUGGGGAGAAAAUGGCAACCAGGGAUCGGAGAAGAAGUAGAGAUAAUUAUUGA